GGCCCGAGGCCUCGCGUUCACCACCUGAGCUGCCAGCUGUUCAAGUUCAUUCAAUUGGCCUAGGACCCAAUGAAGGAGGAACGUUACCCCCCUACAUGCUGAUACUCUAUCUCCUAGGAUUCCAGCGUACUAGUACUGCCAGUGAUUGAACGGUGACAGCAGCUGGAGUCAAGAGGCUGGAGUUCGAUCCGAAUCGUGUAUAACGGGCGCUUCACUUGUCUUGUUCUGCAAUCAUCCAGCCUUCGGAGCUCGAUUGCCAGGAAAUUGUCGCCGCGACUUCACUUAAGGGGACUGGCCUAAGACUUGCGAGUCAUGUCGGAAGAGGAUGUUCCACCCAGUGCGGAUGCAACCGACGGUCAUCUACACUGGAUGAGAGAAGCAAUGGACAUGGCAGAGGAAGCUCUGGCGGCUGCUGAAGUGCCCGUGGGCUGCGUUUUCGUAAGGGACGGAAGAAUCAUCGCCAGAGCACGUAACCGCACCAACGAGCUGCGUAAUGCAACGCGGCACGCUGAGUUGGAAGCAAUCGACGAGAUUCUUGCGGACGCGACGCUAACGCCCGCGGUGACUCAGUACCCGCUAUCGGAGACGACGCUCUACGUGACGGUCGAGCCCUGUAUCAUGUGUGCGUCCGCCCUCAGACAGAUGGGGAUCAAGGAGGUCUUCUAUGGUUGUGGAAAUGACCGCUUCGGAGGGUGCGGGAGCGUCCUCGGCGUGAACAGCAAGCUUUCCCACCCAAUCCAUGCGCCAUACAAGGCGCACGGUGGAUAUCUACGGGAAGACGCGAUCUUGGUACUGCGACGGUUCUACAUCACCGAGAACACCAACGCUCCGAUACCCAAAGCAAAAGGAAAUCGAGUCUUAAAGACGGACAUCCUUCCGCGAUCGUCUUCGGGAGACCGGGAUUGAUGCUCUGACUCGGAGGCGCACCAUCGGAUUUGGUUUGGUGCUGCAGCACUGUAUCGUCGUCGCUCCACAAUCGGAGAGGCUUCUCUGGCAUUGUGUACCUGGCCAGACUUUGAGUUGCUGCUUUUGCCAUCCCUUGACCCUGACAGAGGUUCGAUGUAGAGAUGGACACCC